AAUUCCUCAAAGUUGAGCACGCCUUGUUUCAUCGAGUGAAAGCUACCUCCUGGGGUUCCAACUAAGAUCACUUUCUGUGUGAGUCGACAUCUGAGGAGUGGAUACAGAACAAACCACUAAACCUCAGCUUCAUCUACAGAAUUUUCUACUUCCUGGGUUGGAUCACUGAGUCGGACAGGUAUGAUGGCCAGCGACCUCCAGAUGAACUCUGAACAAUUGAGGUCGAAGCCUCCCACCAGAUGCAGGAGCCCCUUCAACAGCAUCAAGUUCUUCGUGCUAUGCCAUGGUAUGCUCCAGCUGGCCCAACUGUUGGUGUCUGGGUAUCUGAAGAGCUCCAUCUCCACUAUAGAGAGACGCUACGGCUUCUCCAGCCAGAAGUCUGGCAUCCUGGCCUCAUUCAAUGAGGUGGGGAACACGGUCCUGAUAGUGUUUGUGAGUUUCUUUGGUAGCCGUGUUCACCGGCCACGGUUCAUCGGUGGAGGGGCACUGGUGGCCAGUCUGGCUGCUUUGAUGAUGGCCCUGCCUCAUUUCAUCAGUGGCCCCUAUGAGUACACAGUCCACAUCAGCCAAUCCAAGGAUGACAACUCUGGUCUCUGCCAAUUAGAGAGCUCCUUCCAAACAUUCUUGUCCAAUCACAGCUGCACACAGCAGGAGAGUCAUGUUCAGCAGGGCGUAUUCCCGCUCCUGCUCCUAGGACAGCUACUCCUGGGAAUCGGCGGCGUUCCCAUCCAACCCUUCGGGAUCUCCUACAUUGAUGACUAUGCCAGCAAGAGAAACUCUCCCUUCUACCUCGGUAUUCUCCUGGCUGUCACGUCUAUCGGUCCUGCAUUUGGUUUCAUGAUGGGCUCCUUCAUGCUGAAUUUUUAUGUCGACAUCGACAAGAUGUCCAAAGAUGAGAUAGGUCUGGAGAGAGGGGACCCUCGCUGGGUGGGAGCCUGGUGGUUGGGCUUUGUCGUAGCAGCCUCCUUCCUCUUUCUCACCUCCCUGCCCUACCUCUUCUUCCCCCAACAGAUGCCAAAAGAGGAAGCUGCAGGCAAUGCCAAAGAACCCAAAGCCGAGGAGGAAAAGAAACCGCUGCCAGACCCCGUCCAGGAGCUCACCCUCAAACAGUUCCUCAAAAGUUUCCCCCGUAUCGCCCUGAGGACCCUGCGGAACCCCAUCUACCUGUUGGUGGUGCUGGCACAGGUCCACCUGGCAGCUAUGAUAGCCGGCCUUGCCACCUUCAUGGCCAAGUUCAUAGAGCGCCAGUUCACCCAGACCGCCUCCUUCUCCAACAUGAUGAUCGGUGGGGUGAACAUCCCUCUGGCGGUGCUGGGCAUUGUGCUGGGCGGGGCUCUGAUGAGGAGGCUGAAAAUCUCUACUCGAGGCUCCGCCCUCAUGUGCACGUCAGCCAUCUUGAUGUGUAUACUCACCGCACUGCCUCUCCUCCUCCUCGGCUGCUCCACACAGAGGGUCACUGGCGUCUACCCCACCAAACAGAACAGGUCUUUGGAGUGUAGCUCUGGGUGCUCCUGUCCAACUGAGGCCUUUAACCCCGUGUGUGGCUCAGACGGGGUGGAGUUCAGAUCGCCCUGUCAUGCAGGCUGCUUGACCAAAGUACUGGAUGACAACACCAGCAAAAUCCUGAAAUACACCGACUGUGGCUGCAUAGGGGUCAGCGGAUCCUAUGGUUAUGCAUUGCCAGGGACAUGCGGUAGUGACUGUAAACACCUCCUCCUGCCCUUCAUGGUUCUCUCUGCUCUCACCUGCUUCAUUGCAUCAUUCUCACAGACCCCAUCCUACAUGAUGAUACUGAGGACAGUGAGACCAGAGGAUAAGUCUUUUGCUGUGGGCGUUCAGUACAUGCUCUUCAGAGUGCUGGCGUUCCUGCCAGCCCCAGUUCUGUAUGGCACUGCCAUAGACACCACCUGUAUCAUCUGGGGGAAGAAGUGUGGGAGGAACACGUCCUGUCACUACUACAACAUGGACCUCUUCAGACAGAGGUUCCUGGGUCUGCAGGCAUUCUUUGUCACCGGAGCGUUUGUCUGCUUCCUGCUCUCCCUCCUGGUCCUGAGACAUAGGGCAGGAAAACAAGGCAAGCAGGCAGGACAGGGAUACACUAUGAUUGACAGAGAGCUGAGUCCAGACAAGAACACCGCCUCCAAAGAAUUGCAGAAUAUGGCAGCAUGAGAGAGGCCUGAUAGAGAAGGAGAAAAUAAAAAAAGAAAGAACUGAAUUGCGAACUAUCCCCCAGAGGGUCACGAUGAAGACUACCGAAAUGAGAGCUGCUUCGAGAGUGUUGGGGAAGCUACUCUGAAAAUAUAGGUUACCAAGCUAGCAAUUACUUCACACUGGAAGAAGUUCAACUACACUAAAGCUACCCUCUAACAAAAAUAUAUAGUUUUAUUAGACUAAAGUUACUUUGAAAAAGGAGUUCACUUACCUUACUUAGUGAAAAUUUAUAAAAAUAAAAAUGACAUCUGAAAUGUCAUAGACUACCAGUUGCAAUAACACAUCACUUUGGGGUAUCAACAGAAUGUGUCAUUUGCCUAUUAAACACAUAUAGGCAAGUGAGAAUUAAGUCAUGUGUGGCUCAAUUGGAAGAGCAUGGUGCUUGCAAUGCCAGGGGUGGGGGUCUGAUUCCCAUGGUGGACCAGUACAAAAAUGAAUCAAUUUUGAAUAAGCUCGUUUGCUAAAUGAAAAAAAAUAAUUAGGCAGGUGUGAUGCAGAAAAAACGAAAUUAUUGACUACAUCACCCAUUUUAUUUUUGCAAAAAAGUAGGGUGUAGUUCCAGUAGUUAACUACACCCCUACAUGGCAAAAAGUAAUUAGGUGUGCAACUCUAGAUUUCUUACAUACUCAUAUUAUUAUUAUUUGAUUUCUUAGGCCGCUCGAGCUUAAACGAUUUAACACGAAACCAACUUCCAGACUGCCCCAACUGGGGUUGCUUGAGAAAAAUAUUUUUGAUAACAUUUACACCUUUUGAACCAUAUCAAUAUUUCAAUGAGCUCCCAAUGCGUUUCAAUGGAAAAUGCAUCUCUAUUAAGCUAUUAACUCCAAACCAACAUUGAAAUGUUCAGACUGACCCAACUUAGAUUUCCUGUCAAAGGAUUUUCUUAAACUAUGUAUACUUUAACUAUAAAUGUGCAAAAAUGAACAUGAGUUUAAAUGAGAACCAUAGGAACACAGGGGUAGCUUAUCAAAAUAAACCAGUUCCUUGACCAGUUAAGCUAAGCUACAAGACCAACUUUAAAACAUUCUGGCUAUACCCACUUCAAAUUCUUUAAAAUCUUUAACUAUAUCUACAUGAAUGUGUCCCACAUUUGCAUAGAUUAACUCACCAGCAGUAACUCUUAGACCAUUCAAACUAGAGACACCAAACCAACGUUCACAUGUUCAGACUAUCAUAACUUCCAAUUCUUAAAACGCGUAUUCACUAGAACUAUUCAAAUUUGCAUAAAAUACCUCACCAACAGUAACUCUUGAACCAUUCAAGCUAGAAACACCAAACCAACUGUCACAUGUUCAGGCUAUCCUAUACCUUUAGUUACCUACAAAAAAUGUAGUAGGUAAUUUAGUUCAAGUAAUACCAAGCUACUGCAAAAUGUAUUUCAAUUACUGCUUGAACUACAUAGUUCCCUUCUCCCAAAACUGGGCAUAGAGAAGGUACACCAUUACUGCGCCCAAACUGACUGUAAUAAUGUGUACAGCAAGUGCUGUGUCUGAGCCAUGGCACGUUUACUAUAGCAUGUCAUUCUCUGGGACCAGUCUGAGUGGUUCCCUAUCCACUGAAACAGGGUCAGAUCUUUUUCUAUACCUCUUAUAGUUAAGGUUAGGACUUGGGGAGGAUAAGCUGCUAUAAGCUAAUCCUAGACCUCUAGAAGGUAAUCUCUACCUAUAGUGAGUAUUACAGGAGACACCUGAUCUAUGAACUGAAGAUCAGCGUUAUCAGACCAAAGAGAGCAUUAGAUAACCAAACUUACCAAACUAAUGGUCUUCAGAUGUUGGUUGUUUUUAUACCAUUUUUAUAUACCAUAUAUUUUUCUACAGAUUUUUUACAAACUUUGUGUCCUUUGUAAACAAUGUAAACUUGAACGUAUACUUUCAAAGAAAAUUAGCAUUAUAGAUUGAGGCGCGUUACAUAUAUACAACUCCAAUAAUAUAUCAUGCUUAUAAUCUUAUCCUGUGAAGAAAAACAUGUAAAUAUUUUCACCUCAUUAUAUAAAGUGGAAUUGUUAUUUUGAUGGACAAUUCCACACAAGGCAUCUGUUUCUCCAUUGCUCUUGUCAUGUAAUGAGUUAUGGUAGGCAAGCAUUGUGAGUUCAAAGGCCCCUUCCAAACAGGGAAGAAAUCAUGCAUGUAAUGAACUAAUGUGAACCCAUGUGACAUGGAAGAGGGGCAUUGCUCUCCAAGGGGAGCGAGAGGAGGGAGGUGGAGAUGGGGCGGGGAUGUUGUGAAACCUGAGCCAAGCAUUUAUAACUGCCAUCCUGAGUGAUGAUACACAAGGUUAAUAAACUCUAUCAACAGACA